AUGGAGUACAUCAAGUUCUUGCAAUUCAAAGGCAUUGAACACGCAAAAAUCAUGAGCAUACUGGGCGACGAUGACCCCGGUGGCUACUUCCUCCAAAUGAAUGCCCGAGACCUGAUUAACGGGAAAACAAAGAAUUUAAGGAUGGAUGAUGUGGACGAUGUCCUGAAGACUAUCAACUUCUUUAGGGAGAUGAAAGCGAUAAUCAAAGAAUUCUUCUCCGACAUACAACUUGAUGAGUCUGACAGGGUGAAGAACAUAUUCUGGGUGAACGCAAGCUGCCGAGGGGCAUACCAAGACUUUGGUGAUUGCGUGACGUUUGACACCACAUAUAAGACCAACAAGUACCGUAUGCCACUUGGGGUGUUUGUGGGUACUAACAACCAUUUGCAAACUACAUUCUUUGCUUUCUCCCUGAUAAGAUAUGAGGAUGCAGAUUCAUUGAUAUGGCUAUUCAAAACACUUUUAGAGUGCAUGAGAGGGAAGGCUCCUACAUGCAUCCUUACAGAAUACUGCCCGAUAAUGGCUUUGGCGAUCCCAGAUGUUUUCAGAAACACAGUGUAG